AUGGAACAAAGUUCUAAAUGGUUUUGUAUACCAGAUAGUUCAAAGCUCCCUGAAAAAUCAAGUAAAAAUAAAGCAGAAGCUGGGGGAUAUAACAAUUUAAGUGUUAAUGAUUUAAUUUGUAAUAUAUUUUAUAAUAGAUGUAUCAAUUAUGAUUCUCAUAUUAAACCUAAUAAAAAAUCUAAUGAUGAUAAUUUGUUUAAAACAAAUGUACAAAGUUCUUCAUCUUCAAAAUUAGCAGAAUUAGAAGCACAAGUUGAAGAACUCCAACAACAUAUAACAAUAUUAUCAACUGAAUUGGAGAAAUAUAACAAGGCCUGUUGA